AUGACGAAUAAUGGGUCACUUAAAGAUGUGGUUUUUGACGGUAGUAAUGCAGAACUAUUUGAAGAUAGAGAUGAUGAUAGGUUUGGGAUGAAUGAUAUCAGAAAAAAGUGUGUGGGGGAACUGUGCUAUGAUUUCAGCGACUUGGAGAAGCUGCUAAACCUGCCGAAAGUGAAGAGUGCUUUAGGUGUGGGGGGUGACUUGAAGUUUGUUUCAUGCAGUUCAACAGUGUACAAUGCUAUGCUUCAAGAUUGGAUGAAAAAUCUUGAAGUGGGGAUUCCUACUCUUCUUGAAGAAGGAAUCAAGGUACUUGUGUAUGCAGGGGAAAAAGAUCUCAUAUGCAACUGGUUAGGAAACUCAAGGUGGGUUCAUGCAAUGCAGUGGUCAGGCCAAAAGGCGUUUGGAACAUCUCCUACAGUGAAAUUUGUUGUUGAUGGUGUAGAUGCAGGGUCUUUGAACAGCUAUGGACCUCUCUCUUUUCUCAAGGUAUAUGAGGCUGGGCAUUUGGUUCCCAUGGAUCAACCAAAAGCUGCACUUGAGAUGUUUAAAAGCUGGAUUGGAGGGAAACUGAACACUCAAAGAGAUAAUUAAUCUAUGUAGUCUUGUCAGAACCAAACACAUGAAUAUAUAGUCAUCAAAAUCAUUGUGUAAAUGACUUCGGGGUAUAAAUAAUAUUUGGAUUAUGGUAUUUAUAUUUUUUUUUUCGAAA